GGGGUAUUGGUGGCUGAUGGCAGAGAGCUCGCAUCUGGCGUAUCACCAACUCGGCUCUUGACUCCAGCCAUUCAUGAGGGUUCUGUAGGUGUGCCUUGUCGGCCUAUGUAGCGUCUGUUGUCAUCUGAUCAGCCUUGAUUGCGCCGCCGCUUGUCGACAUCCGCCGAGUUAAAUGGUCGCCGUCGCCGCAUUUCUGACCACAGAUGCGAUGUGCAGCUUUUGAAAGCCACAACACAGCCUGUUGUUGGCAUUGAAGAACUCGCGAUUAACCAGCGCAAGAAGUGCUCGUUAUCACUUUCAAGUCGGUCAAGGAGUCUGGCAUGCCCAUCGUCGGGCACCCAUCGGCUGCAUGGACGAACUUGGCAUAAUUUUGCUUACGCUUUUCAUGGUCCUUCUCGUCUGCGGGCCGCUGUACAGACCAGUCCGCCUCACAUAUCUGCGCAUACAAGACCGUCGCAAAUAUCAUCCCAAGACAUCAAAGUUCCAAGACGCCCGACGAAAAUUGAGCACAGUUUCCGAGUGUAAUAGCACUACCCUCGAGGGGUUGGAUCUCGAGUCGAAGCUCAAUCGGCAUGACUCGGAGCCGGAAUGUCCCAUCUGUAUCGGUCCACUGUUCGUCUCAAGCAACUGCAAUGCUGCCGGAGCAGUACCGACGCAAGGGAUCACCCUGACGGCCCCCGAUUUCGGUGGGCACACCCGUGUUCUAGAAGGAAGCGGGGAAGAGACAAGCCGGUCUACGGUCGGAGGUACGAAUGAGGUUCGUGAUGUAAAGGCCAUAUUGCGAAGCUGGAGUAUGCCGUGGCCGUGGAAGAGGAAGUUGUCCGCGUCUGCAAGUGAACCGUCCGAAGAUGAUAUCUUGACGCUGAAGAACUGCCACCAUGCUUUCCACGCCAAGUGUCUCUCGUCGUGGUUCUUGAUUGAGAGAUUUGAUUGUCCCGUUUGCCGAAGUCAAUAUUGGCAGACGCGUGAGACCCGAGCGAGGGCAGCGACCGCACCGGCGCCGCCGGUGCCGGAGGGCGGGUCUGCUGAAGACGGAUCCGGUAUCACACCACCAGUCCCGGCUCGGCUUGCGGCGGGGCGGAUGGCAGUGCGUGUGAUGUGACCGGGCCGUGCUGGCUUGGAAGAUCGUCCGCCUCCUUUCUUUACGUGGCCCUCCAGAUACCCUAGUGCGAUGGAGCAGGAGUCGAAUAUUGCAUUAUGGUGUUGUUUAGUUUUCACUGUGUAACCUUGAAAUUCGAAGCACCUUUGUCAGUCAUCCUGUGUAAUCGCAAUUGUGCAACCAUACUGCAACAGUCUAUGUGUCUAUUUACCCAAAGCCAACGGGCGGUGCUGUGUUGUUCAACCAGCCGGGUAUCUCAUCGUUCCAAUGUGGCGCGUGAGUCCGAGGUAGGGAGCCGCCCAAUCAUUAGGUGCUUAUGGAUGGCAAUCGUGUCAUGAUCGAGAAAGUAGAUACGUGGGGGCUUCGUCGGUGCAGAUAGGUAUUUGGUUCCUCGUACGAGAGGACCGACAACGUCUCGCAGAUAGCAGGUAUUGCAGAAAAACAUCGAAAACGCAAGCCAACCACGGGGGAGCCAGUAAGCGGGAGUUGGAUGACAUCGAGAUCGCAUCGUCAUGGAGCCGGAGGUUUUGCUCAGCUCACGGACCAGACGGUCUGGGGGUGGCGCACGGUGAAGCUGGAGGCGCAGGGGUCAGCUGCAUGGUACAUUGGCUGGUAAGAUGUACAGUUGAUACGAGAAUGCCACGAUCGGAUGGCUGCUUGUAUUCAUGGUUGCUGAUAGGUAAUCAAACAAAGAGAAUACAGUGUCGCACAUGUCAGCCCGGCAUCGAGAAUGCCAUGGGAGUCGUUGUUUUGCAGUUCUCUCAGUAACCACGGCGGCGGCGAUGUAGGUAAACAGUACGAUGCGGUACUCCAAAGCAAGUUGCGAGCCUCAGUGUGUAUCUUUUGAGGUGGAGCCCCAAGUCCCAAUGAUUGUUUUCUUGGACAAGGGAGGUGAGACUUUGGCUGGGUUCGGUGAGCUCGACUUGGGCGGAGCUAGCAAGAAGGCGCGCAUUAUCUGCUGGGAUGAUGAAUUAGUGAUGGAACAAGCCGAAUGUGAGUGGACGACGGAGCUUGUGUUCCCUGGUGGCAUUCGUAUACCUUGCUUGGUCCUUAGGUAGACCGUAGGGCAGACAGAGUGUGGCUGGUUCCAAUCACGGCUCGAAUAGCUGGCUGUCUACACUGCAGCGCGUGUGGUGACAUUGGUGAAUAACGAAGUAAAUGUCUCUCUGCCUCUGUCUCUGUCUCUGGCAAUGGGACGAUGAGGUCAUGUCCAUGAGGCUGAAUACCGGCAGUACUCCGUAUACGGAAGAUGUGUGGAGAGACUGGAGGCGUUGGGUGGACUCUGCAAUGUCUGCUAUGUACCGAUGCGUGCCGUUAUAGAAGUUCAAUUGUUGUGCGGCAAAUCUGUGAUAAAGAUGGAAUGUCGAUCUCACAAAUGGAGAAUUGUGGACGGGGAAUUGGAAGGUUACUACCGGUAUGCAAAUUCUAACCGCUUGGCUUCGUUGACUUCCUGCUUGGUGUGACGGAUGUCUCCAAAUGCUUCAUUCAUACCUAGGUACUGUAGACUGGGGAAGGAACUAGACCGAGAUGGCUCUCGCCUUCCAUUGAUGCAAGGUACGUACUUACCUAGCUCUAAGGUAGGUGCAGACGUUGAAGAAAAGGAGGAGGAAGGUGCUUGCUA